ACAGGCAAAGUAACAUACAAAGGUACAUGUCUUCUUUACCCAACUUCAUUCUUAGGGAUGUAUAUACCACGUAUUGACGAUGUUUAGUUCCGACAGAAAUUCCUCUGCAGCAUGUACGAUAUUCUUACAGGAAAAUAGAUAAUCAGGAAUUUACUUUUUAUCUUUUAUCCCUAUUUUUAUAGAUAUGGAAAUAAAUCAUGACAUUUAUAAAUGACUAUAACUCUUCUACAAAUUUUCUGGACCAAAAUCAUAUUAAUGUUUCAACAUGUUUACUGGAUUAUAAUUCAACAUUUGGUAAAAAUUGUGAUUUGAAGUUAAAUGGAAGUAAUAACUCUUCAAGUUUUAGGAAUAAUUCCAAUAUUUACGUUUAUCCGCCAAUUCCAGAAGAUGGACUCAUAGGAUUGAUCGUUUUAUAUUCAUUGACUACUCUUUUAUCUAUAGCAGGGAAUUUAUUUGUUGUUAUUGUUUUUGCGAGGGGACGAAGAUCAAGGACAGACUUACGGAUUUACCUGAUUAAUUUAGCAGCAUCCGAUUUAGUUUUGGCGAUAUUUUGCAUGCCAUUUACGUUUGCGGACGUUAUUUGUCAGCGUUGGGUGUUUCCCGAUAUAAUGUGUCCCCUUGUUUUAUUUCUGCAACCCUUGUCAGUCGCUGCUAGUGUUUUUACAAAUAUGGCGAUUGGAGUAGACAGAUUCAUCGCCGUUAUGUUUCCGUUACACCGCCGUUUGACUUACAGACGUGGAAAAUAUGUCAUUUGCAUUGUUUGGAUUUGUGCGAUAUCAUUAGCAUCGAUACAGUUAUUUGUAGGAAAAACUAAAAAAAUCUCGAACGAAAUAACUGUUUGUGACGAACAUUGGCCGCCAUAUCUAUCCCGUAAAAUUUAUACGGUUUUCAUUUUGUUACUGACCUAUAUCAUUCCGUUAACGAUACUUUCAAUAACAUAUUUAGUCAUUGGCAUCAUUCUUUGGAAAAGGACAGCACCUGGUAACUGUCAUGUCGAACGAGAUAUGCAUCAGCUGAGGGCAAAAAUAAAGGUUGUGAAGAUGUUGGUUAUAGUUGUAGCUAUUUUUGGACUUUGUUGGCUGCCUCUUCACGGAUUGAAUAUGGCCAGAGAUACCAACCCAGAAAUAAUGAAAUUCCAGUCUCAGAAAGAAUAUUAUGUGUUUCUAGGAUUAUAUUUAACAGCCCAUUGGCUAGCUAUGAGUAAUAGUUUUGCCAACCCAAUUAUAUAUGGAUUUACGAACGAAAGUUUUCGGGCAGAUCUUAUUGUAAUGUUACACAACUGGUUACCAUGUUGCGCUUGUUUGAGAGAGCUAAUGAUGAGAAGUUACAGUCUGUCAACAUAUGAUAGUAUGAUGUAUACCAAACGAAAUGCAAGUCAACUCAGACAAACCAGUUGUAACAUAAGCCAUAGGAAAAUGUCCGGACGUCGGCCAUCUAGAAGUAUAAAUGGACUCAGGAAAAUUGGUAUGGAAGCAAGCAGACCUCCUUCGGAAUAUGGAUUUCAAAAUGGAAAGAUGGAUUCUGUUGAUUUAUCAUCUAAACAUUACAACUUGUCAGAACCAAACCUUGCAAUUCCUGGAGUACUUACUAUUAACGAUGAAACCCAGUCCUCUCGUUUUUAAUUAAAAAAUAUUUAAUCAUUUAUAAUAUGUAAAGCUUCCAUAAGCAAAUGUUUCCAUUGGUGAAAGUAAAUACUCGCCAAAAAAUGUUGUCAGGAAAAAAUAACAUAAUCUCCCUCAAAUGCCUCAAUUUUCAUAUGAAUUUUCAAAAUAUGAGCUGGAAAUGGACAUCAAAAAUAUGAAACCUUGUAUACAUCCUUGGCUUUUAAAUGAUUUGGUUUGAGCGUUCCAUGUGAAGGUAAAUCCGUCACAAUUUAUAAAGACUUAUUUUGAUUGUAUGAACAAAUAAAGGAUUUUUUCCAAAAAAGGUCAAAAGUGAAUUUAUGAGUCCGUUUUUUUAUUCAAUAUUGUCAAAAGACUAGCGUUAAAACAUACCCCCAAAAAUUACUGUUCUGCACUUAUUAAAAAGAGUGUUCCUUCCAUACAAAUAUUGAAACGAAACGGAUUUUUUUAUAUUUUAUUGUCCAAUUGUUAAGCAUACUUGGGUCAGGCAAAACAAACCAUCAAGCAGGAUCUUGAUAAAUCUUUUGUUUUAGAGUAGAUGCAAAUUCUUAUAUUUUGAUCUUGUUCAUCAAUCUAUUUAUAAAAAAAAUCAUUGUUUAAACUUGUUUUCGUAAGGAUAUUAUCUAUUAUGGUUUGUCAAUAGAAGUGGUUUGAAAACUUAAAUCGAUUUUGUUUUUGAUACCGAUGUCGACUGUGUAAAUGAAAAGUCGACUUGAUUACUGCACAACGGUAAAUAUACAAAAAUGUAUAUGGUAUGAUAAUUGUCCUUCACUUAGUCUAGGUCGCCCCCGAAGUUGUAUAACAUAACAAAUGUCUUAAAUCCUUUCAAAAUAUUGUUAAUUUUAUUGCCAAGUUUAUACGAAAAUAAAGACUCGCAUAUAGUGCAGAGAGGCUAGCUUGAACGUCACUGUGCAAUCAUAAACAUUUGUCCUUUAUGUGUUAUUACGCAUACAGUUGUUUUGUAAAAUAAAACAUUAGCAACAGCUUUUCCAAAGAAGAUAAAACUCAAAUUAGCAUCUUUGUACGAGAUAUCUUGUAGCCAAAUAUUUUUUGUGUAAGGCUGUUCCUCAUAUUUAAAAUGUCAAAUCAAAACCAUACAUAUAGACAGCGAGAGAUCAGUAAAAGCUAAUUCUUUGUAUAGUUAAAAAUAAAAUCAAAGUCGCUCAUGCAGCUUCUUUUCCAUUCGAAGCGCUUUCCUUAAAUAACCUUUAUCAGGAACAUUCUGUCAAAAAUUUAGACAGCCAAUGUCCUAUUGAAACAAGGAGGGGUAAUCUAAUAAAUCGUCAGAUUGUCUACCGGAUAAAGAACUUUGGUUUUGUUGAAUGAACAAAAUGCAAUGGAAAAUUGUGACCAAUGCAAAGCACCGACAUCUCGGGCGAAGUGCACAGCUGUGUUAUGUCAUUUGAUUUUUUUUCAAUUCAAGUUUGUUAUUGUUAAAAUCUGUGUGAUAUAAUUCAAUUGUUGUGUUAUUAAAUGUAUAUGAUUUG